UCCCCGCCGCAUCAACCGCCAGCCGAGCGCCUCCGAGAGCGAGAGGUGGUGCGCGGCGCUGCAGGGCGCGCCCUCCAGCGGACCCCGGCCCAGCACUGGGGGGCACGGGCAGCAGCAUGGACACCAAGCGCUGCUUCGCCAACCGCUUCGAUGACUACCAGGGCAGUCUGCUGGCGGGCCAGUGCGAGGAGGCGGUGGCGCCCUUGGUCACCGCCACCAUCGAGCGCAUCCUUCAGGAGCUGCCCCCGCUCGGGGGCGGCGCCGAGGCCCGGGGGGCGGCGGCCGCGGCCAGCAGCUGCCAAGGCGGGCUGUACGGCGGCGUGGCCGGGGUGGCCUACAUGCUCUACCACGUCUCGCAGAGCCCGCUCUUUGCCGGGGCCCGGGAGCGCUACCUGCGCUCGGCCAAGCGCCUCAUAGACGCGUGCGCCCGCGCCGAGGAGUGGGGCGAGCCGGACGCCGACACCCGCGCUGCCUUCUUGCUCGGGGGAGCGGGCGUGUACGCCGUGGCCACGCUCGUGUACCACGCCCUGGGCCGGUCCGACUACGUGCAGCCGCUCGGCAAGUUCCGGGCUCUGUGCGCCGUCUGCGCGCCGGUCUCCUUCCUAGAGUGCGGCUCGGACGAGCUGUUCGUGGGCCGCGCGGGCUACCUGUGCGCCGCGCUGGUGCUCAAGCAGAAACUCGCCCAGGAGGUACUGACCCCAGCACAGAUCAAAUCAAUUUGCCAGGCGAUUCUGGACUCUGGGAAGCAGUAUGCCAUGAAAAAAAGGAAACCAUUCCCCCUGAUGUAUUCUUACUAUGGAACUGAAUACUUGGGAGCAGCUCAUGGCUUGUCGUCCAUUCUCCAGAUGCUUCUGUCUUACCACGAGCACCUCAAGCCCUCAGAUCAGGAGCUGGUAUGGCAGAGUGUGGACUUCCUCAUGGAGCAGGAACAGAACUGCAACUGGCCACCCGAGCUCGGCGAGGCCAUCGAGAGAGAGAACGAGCUGGUACACUGGUGCCAUGGCGCCCCAGGAAUUGCCUAUCUGUUUGCCAAAGCUUAUCUGGUUUCCAAAAAACCGCAGUACCUGGACACGUGUAUCCGGUGUGGGGAACUUACGUGGCAGAAGGGCCUGCUGAAGAAGGGGCCGGGGAUUUGCCACGGUGUCGCCGGCAGUGCUUAUGUCUUCUUGCUGCUAUACCGCCUCACCGGAAACUCGAAAUACAUCUACCGAGCCCAAAGGUUUGCUGAGUUUUUAUUUACGGAGGAAUUCAAGGCCGGCUCUCGGGUCCUUGAAAGUAUAUACAGCUUGUAUGAAGGCUUCUCCGGGACGGUGUGCUUUCUGAUCGAUCUGCUGCAGCCCAAUCAGGCCGAGUUCCCUCUCUUCAGCGUCUUUGUCUAGAAGGCUCCAUCUCCCACUGUGGCCCUGCAGAAGGUCACUGAGAUUUCCCAAGCCUACCCGAGGCAGUUUCCACAUAAGCCACAUUCAAUGGUUAUCACAACCAGGAGCCUUAACAUUGCCGCCAGAAGGAGGGAUGGGCGGGCGAAGGCAGGUGAAGGCAACAUGGUACCAGACUUGGGGGAGAACAGUUUGAGAACCUGCAGAAUUAAGACCCCACAACUCUUCUAAAAACCAUAGAGACUUAAAAUUUCAGGGAAUAGGUAUGAAACCAGAGAUCAGAGGAAAAAGGGAAAGAGAAAUGAUCCAUUUUUCAGUGAUGGCAUAGAAAACAAAACUGAAAUGUGGACUAUGUAAAUAAAAUGCCAGUACCUUUGCAAUUGGAAAGAGAAUUUGGCCAUUUAUGGGUGCCCUCCACCCAUAAAUUCAGAAAUAAACACAAUCAAAAACUAAAGUAAUUGCCCAGCUGAAAAUUGCUAGGAGGAAUGAAAUGUCAGGUUGCUGAAGGACAAAAAAAGGAAACUCUUGGUUGUCUUAGGCCUUUACUUAUUGAAAUUCAUGGUUUUUACUGAAUGGAUAAAUUUGCAUAUGAAUCUCUAUUGUUAAUCAUUAAUCUGGGCACUUUAAAGGAAACAUAUCAUAACCUUUUUUUUUUAAAGAUUUCAUUUUUAAGUAAUUUCUAUGCCCAACGUGGGGCUCAAACUCACAACCCCAGGCGCCCCUAAACAUAUCUUAACUUAGUUUAAGUCCUGAAAUUCAAAGUUCCUUUAGGCCUUACAUCUCUUUUCCUGGUUCCUUUUUCUUUCCUAAAGCUCAAUUAGAAUAGGAAAAUUCAUAGGUUAGCAAAUACUAUAGCAAGUGUUGCUGUCAAGUGUUUUUCUCAAUUUGAAGCGUGAGCUGUGUCUUCUCUAUUGUUAAUAUAAAAUGCUUAUGUAAUCCCUAUGAAGCUAUUAGCUGAACUGUAGAAUACACUCGUGGUAAAAAUCACUCAUCACAAAGAUCAGGGUAGCCACUACAAAGAUAUGUCAUUUCUGCCUUUGCGGGAAUACUGUGUUUCCUGGGACAGGCAGACCCUGGCUGAGAAUGGGACCUAGUGAUGGUGAAAAGAACAUUGCCAAAGUUUAUGCUGUUAGAUUAAGAGAUGAGUGAACUCCUUGGCUGAUCACCUUAGUCUCCAAGACACAGGCUCCACUAGAAACUGUCUACAAUACCCACUGAACCAAGUUGUUAUAUUAAAUUCUACCCUGCUAUAUACACAUAGAAGUUGUAAAACUACUUCAGGUAAAUAGGGGUUUGCAGAACACGGUAGGAACAUCUGUCAGGUCAGAAUGCGAGCUUACCCAUUUCCUAGAAUUUGGUCACUAGUGAUUUCAUAUAUCGGAGUGAGGAGGGACCUGCAUGCCGUACAAGAUUUAAGAAUUAUUCAAAUAGUCAUUAAAUAUUUGCAUAUAUGUGAUAGAUGUAAAAAUAUAUAUAUAUAUUCUACAUCUAUCUCCAUGU